AUGGGGUCAGAAAGACGAGUUGAGGAAGUAUUUGAUGAUACAUCGCCACCAAAUCGCCUGGAUGACCCGCGUAUGGAUUCUCAUCUUGUAUCUUUUCUAAUAAAAAACGUUAAAAAGAUUUUUAAAGAUAAUUAUGAUGAACCCGUUCUAGAUAUCGAUAAUACAGUCCAAGAAAAUAGUCUAAGCUCAGAAGAGGAUACUGAUUUGCACACGUCAACUUUAUUAUUUCGUCCCACUGUUAGCUUCAGUUUUAGGCCUGAACAACAAACCGGAGUUUCAUCUAAUGUAACUAUAACGUCAACAAUAACAGAUAUAGACGAAAUAAUUUCUAUUAUAAAUGCUUCUAAUAUCUUAGUAACCAUUCCACCGAUUUUAAUAAACACCACUAUUGGUGUAACAACUGAUGUGUUUAUGGAGCCAAUUGAUGUUGCGAAGACAGCAAAUGUAACUCUCAAACCAGUAUCUUAUUUAUUGAGUAGAAAGUCUUAUAAAACAAAGAAAACCGAAGUUGAAGAACAAGUUAGUGAAAUUGGUAAUGAAACAACAACAACAUACCUUCCUCCAAUGCGUACAUCAUUGCAUUUGUUGCUUUUGGCCACACUAGAUACCAAGGAAGAAACAUUAGAUCAGGUCAGAAAUUAUAACAUUUCUGAAAAUGUAAUGUUUACUACUGAAUUCGGGGCUGACUUGAAAGAUUUGAAGCGCUCGUGUAUUAUGUGCGAUAAUGUAGCUAUAGAUGGAUGCAGCAGUCCCAAAAAUUCAUUGAUUCCCUCAAUGGUAUGUGAAUAUGACGAUUCUCUUUGUUACUCCUUGCACACGCCUUUUGGUAUAGUAGACCGUGGAUGCUUCAGCAUGCAACAUAACAUGACCACAUACGUUUGUGCCUGUAACCUUUGUAACUAUGAAUCCAUUACUGAUAUGCCCAUUAUAUUUUCCAAUAAACGUGAUUGGAUAGAAAAUGUAUUCGAUCUCACAUACUCAAGACGAUUGAAGAAGUCCGUAUUCAAAGGCAUGACUUGUUUGAAAUGUGAAACUAAUAGCACAGCUGGAGGGGAUCCGAUUGAUAAUUCUAAUUGCUUGGAAGGCCGCAUCGCCAAUAUACCAACUCAGAUUUGCGCUGAUAAUGAAGUUUGUGCAGUCAGAGCGAUCAAAGCCCAAGGUUAUGUGUGGCGAGGCUGUGUCAACAAUCCUUUGUACAACUACUAUAUGACUUUUUGUGAUUCAGAUUUGUGUAAUUAUGAUGAGGUUGCAUCUGUUUAUGAUCCUAUUUAA